GAAUCCAGGGCGACAGCCACUGCGGCGGCUGUGGUCGUGGACACGUAGGGCCGGGCCGGGGUCGGUCCUGGGUAUUUAGUGUGGUUGAGGAGAAGUCACUGCACCGAAAAAGCUCCGAGUAGCUUGUGGUGGCGUUUGGUUCACUCAGAAGUUUUAUCCUGGAAGAAGCUGACUGAGCCAGGUGUUUCUGAGAUCAAUUCAGGUGAAAGAAACCAGCUAAAAAUACCCAACCGCCUUAUUGUCUGAGAGGAGUCACUGUUCCACCUUUCCUAGCAAGAUGAACCACGAACACCAUCAUGGAAUGCACCAUGUGGAAGAAAAUACCACUAUGAUGCCCCACCAUCAUUCAUCUACAGACUCUCAUGCUCAUGGUGGGGGAGGAGGAGGACACAUGCCUAUGACCUUCUAUUUUGGAUAUGAGAAGGUAGAAGUGCUGUUUUCUGGAUUAGUGAUCAAUACACCUGGGGAAAUGGCUGGGGCAUUUGUGGCUAUCUUUUUGUUAGCCAUGUUCUAUGAAGGCCUCAAGAUAGCCCGGGAGAGCUUGCUUCGUAAGUCCCAGGUCAGCAUUCGUUACAACUCCAUGCCAGUCCCAGGACCAAAUGGAACCAUCCUUAUGGAAACACACAAAACUGUUGGGCAACAGAUGCUGAGUUUACCUCACCUUCUGCAGACAGUGCUACAUGUCAUCCAGGUGGUCGUCAGCUACUUCCUUAUGCUUAUCUUUAUGACCUACAAUGCAUACCUCUGCAUCGCAGUAGCAGCAGGAGCUGGAACUGGCUACUUUCUCUUCAGCUGGAAGAAGGCAGUAGUAGUGGACAUAACAGAGCACUGCCAUUAAUGCCAGACUUUAGAAUGUGGCCUUAUUCACCACAAUGGGAAGCAGCUGGAGACUGGGAGCCAAUUUUUAAGUCCUCCCUUUGUCCCUCCAUGACCCCCUGCCUCCCAACACUUGCAGAUCAAGGAGGUUUACCUACUAACCUCCAAGCUGGAUGGUGCCCUCCCCAAAAUGUUGAUUUCUGCUAUUAGGCUGAGAUCCUCAGUUCUCCUAAUCACAGUAACCUUUUGUUGUAAUUUCUUGAUCUCAUACUUCCCUUUUUAAUCUCUUUGUUAUAAUUUUGUGGACUGUAAAUUCUGGGUCCUAGGUGGUCAUGGGAAACUCCUACCCACCACUAGAACAUCUCCCAGUUUUUGGACUGAGUGGGGAAUUAGGGUGUGCCUUUGCCAAGAUGUGUGAUGUGAUACAUGGCAUUCUGAGAAUCUGAAGGAUUUACAAGUUAAUAAAGGUGUAGCAGCAUAAAGAAGUAUUCCCUUGAACAACAGUCCAGGUCAGAAGCUUCUGCCAACAUUUUGCUUUCUCACCAAUCACACUUGACAAUCAAUUGACAAUUUAGGAAAUAUUUUCAAAUAAAACCAUUGGCUUUUUGUCUUGGCUCCCUUAGUUGUGAUCAUAGCUUUGUGAAGUAAAAUUUCUUGUCUCAUAGCUUAUAGCGGUGGUUCUUAGAAAGGGACCUGCAGGUGAAGAGAAUCCAUCCCUUCCCACCACCUCCCUCCUACAGCCUGUUCUGUCACCAACUUCAGUGAGUGUCAGUCCUGGACAGUAGGGCAGUGUGGAAUGUGAUCCGCUUUUGCCCUGGGACAUCCUUUAGCUCAGCUUCUACCUACACUUAAUUUGCUUCUGGCCUAAAAGAAUAGCCAUUGUGAUAGAUUGCCUCCCCAACCUUUUCUCAUAGGGGUCAUGUUUAACUUCAUCCUUGCUGUUGAGCUUACUUUGUUUUGUAAAGUCCAAACUACCUCUAUAAAGUGACUCUUCCUGAAAUGUCCUAAUCCUGCCCCCACUCCAUGGUGCUUUAUAAUCUCAUUGUGGCCUAAGACAGAAGAACAUCUGCACUGGUGGUUUUUAAGUCUGUAUUCUUCCUAGAAAGUACUGCACCCUUUUAUGGUUGUGAGAAUUCACUGUGCUUCAUGACAAGGGAGGCAGUGCUACCACUGGAAAGAGCUGGGGUAUGGAGUGGAUAAGCAGGGCUUUUAUGCAGCCCUGGGUAUAUAGGUAUAUAUAACCUUUUACUGUUGCUCUACUUUUACUUUCGCGAUACCCACACAUACACACAUUCAGUUAUAGGUUGCCUCCACAAUUUAAGGAGCUUUGGAGCAGAAGACUUGGCUUCAUAUCCCAGCAUCCUUGCACUUCUGCCUCAUCUGAAAUGGUCCAACUAACUAAAAGAACUCUUCUAUUUUGAAGCCUAUGAACUUAAAAUACUUGUACAAUGAAUUCUAACCCAGAAUGUGUUCGGUUUUUCCAGGUUACUUGGUUCCCAAAAUCUUUGAUUUUAAAAACUUUGGCUUCACUUUUGGCACAGUCAACUAUUAACUUUUGAUCCUAUUACUUGAUCUUUGGAAGCAGCCUUUCAUCAGUUUUCUCUAGUAACAUUGUUUCACCUGUUGGGCAUUAAUAGUGCUUAGCACCCGAGAUAGAUAAAAAUAAAGUUUUUUUUCUAUGGGUCUCUCUUAUCAGCUCCUUGAAAAGCCACAUAGAGAAGUGCCUAUGGCUGGAGAGUAUACCCCAGAACUCUCUGCCCACCACCCAGCACCUAUAUUCGUUGUCCCCUUCAUCUCCUUGCACUUUAAAGCCAUGUGGGAUUAUUAAAGGUUGUAAAUUAAUGGGGUUAAAGUUGGGCUUGAGAGCCACAAUCAGAUUGUGCUAUGUAAUUAUCUCAUAAUUUCUGGGAUUUGAAUCAAUGAGCAUGUGACCAAGAAGACUGCCACAGCCAACAGUAAGGAUUCAACAUAAUCUAUAUAAUCUGGCACUAAUGUCAAGGAACAGUAAAACUGUUCAGUUUCAGCCCUGUUGCUUUCUAGGAUUUUUUUGGUCUAGACAGAGAUAAGGGACCAAGCCCAGUAAAGCAGACAUUGUAAAGUUCCCAGAGGGAAUACCAUUUCCUAGCUUCAGUUUCUUGGUAGAAUUUAUAAUGUUUAGUGGGGUGCUUUUUUUGAAGGACUUAGCAAGAAAUGAUUGUUUUAUUGCUUUUCCUUCCCCAUUGAGAAUUUAGAUUGUGGUGAUAAGAUAGCCUAGCCCAGACUUUACUUACUACCAUGUUCAUUUGUAUUCCACACCAUUAGCUUCUUGUUUCAUUCUUCCCCCUUUGGAUUUCUUCCCAUUCUUACCCUUUCCCAUACAGAGUAUUGCUCUGUGCAGAUCUGUACUAUACUUCAUCAAGUUUGCCUCCAAUUUGUUCCCAAGAGUUGAUGGACUUCUGGCUCUCUGCCUCAUCUGGGGUUGGAAAACUGAAUUGUGACUGAAUCCAUAUCAAUGGAUAAAUCAGCACUGGGCUUUUUUUUUUUUGGACAAGUUCCAGGUGUUCCUUCCCUCCCCGAACCAGGUAUAGUGUCUUGCACAUAGUACUAGGAAUCUGAAUUUGUGAGAUUAGAAUGCUGGUGAGGUGUGCGGUAGAUGGCAUUUGUAGAAAGAGUAGUUGGAGGACCCUCAGCCUGAUUUUCAUUAGCAUGGAGUUCUUGAGUUAGUCUCUGCAACAGGGUUAUAGAUUAAGGUUUUUUCAUCAUGCCUGUAGGAGUAUUAGGUUCCCUUUCCACUUGGGUGCCAGUGGAAACCCUUAAUGUUGGAAAGGGGUGCCUCCAUCUACCAAAGGGCUCCCCAUUGAGUGUGGCUGAAGAUGCAGCCACUUUUUUGAUCCUGUCCUCCAUGCUUUCUUCAGUCAAAUGUAUCAACAGGAGCAAAAAUUCAUUUUACAAAAUGCCUUAUUCAGUGUAUAUCAAUAUUGUCCAUUUUAGAUUGUGAGCUCUUCGGGGGCAGUUUUUUCUGUUACAGUAUUGCUGUAGAGUGCCUAACAGUGCCAUGUGCAAAAGAACAUAAUAAAUACUUUUGAUUCUC